AUGAGCAAACUGCGCAUACUAUGCCUUCAUGGCUUUACCUCCAACGGUAGCGUGCAUGCGCAUCAAGUUCGCCACUUGACUUCUUCCCUCUCCAACGACUUUGAUUUUCUCUUCCCAGAUGGACCUGAAAAGGUCUCCCUCUCUAGUCACAUGGAUCCCUCAAAAGCCGCUGCCAAAGCCUGGGUCGACUAUGUCUCCGCCAACUCAUCAGGAGCUGGCCAUCGUGCAUGGUGGUUUGCGCGCGACCCAGAUCCAGUGACGAAGAGUCCUGGGGGUUUUGAAGGACUGGAGAAGAGUUUGAAGUCAAUAGGAGAGCUGAUCCAAAGGACUGGGCCGGUGCAUGCAAUUUGGGGAUUUAGCCAGGGGGCGUGUUUUGCAGGGAUGCUGGUGGCACUACUUGGAGAGAAGAACAGAGAACAUCCGAUGAGAGUUCAUUUCCCGAAGGAACAAGGAACCCCAGCUGCGGGGAUUUUUUUCUCUGGGUUUAAGGCGAGAUUUGGGCAGUAUGAUAGUAUCUAUGCUCCAGGCAUUGAAAUUCCGACUAUGCAUGUUAUGGGGAAAAAAGAUACUGCUGUGAGUAUGGAGAGCAGUGAAGGUUUGGUGAGAGUCUGCCAAGGUGCGAAAGUUUUGAAGCAUUUGGGUGGGCAUGAUGUCCCAAGUUCAGAGGGCGAUCGAGAAAUAAUUGUCAACUUCCUGGGAGAAAUUUUGAGAAGGAAUGGCAAGGAGUCACUGUAA